AUGUCCAAGGUAAUGCGAAGUGUGAAGAAUGUGACCAAGGGGUAUUCCAGUACCCAGGUCAAGGUCAGAGAAGCCACGAGCAACGAUCCAUGGGGCCCAACUGGUACUCAGAUGAGCGAAAUUGCUCAGUUGACGUUUGCUGGGGCGCACGACUUAAGUGACAUCAUGGACAUUAUUGACAGGCGCCUGAACGACAGGGGCAAGAACUGGAGACACGUUCUUAAAGCACUAAAAGUUCUUGAUUACUGCCUUCAUGAGGGCUCCGAGCUGGUUGUCACUUGGGCCCGCAACAACGACUAUGUUAUCAAGACCUUGAGAGAGUUUCAGUACAUUGAUGAAGAGGGUCGAGAUGUCGGCCAGAAUGUACGAGUGGCCGCCAAGGACUUGACAUCUUUACUUGCAGACGAUGCGCGACUGAGGGACGAGCGAAGCAAUAGAAGAGUCUGGAAAUCUCGCGUAAACGGGGUGGAGGUGUAUGAAGCGCAGCGUGCCGAGCCGUCAGCCUCCCAUCGACCUCGCGAUAGACGAGCUUUUACCAACGAUGAAAAUGACACAGAAUACAGACUAGCAAUAGAGGCUAGCAAGGUUCAAGAAGAGGAAGACAGGAAAAAGCGCGAGAGUAGGAGGAAUGAUGACGAUGACAAUGAUCUGGCCAAAGCUAUCAAACUCAGCCAAGAGGAAGAAGAAAGAAGGCGCCGCGAACUCGAAGACAGCAACGCCAACUCUCUGUUUGAUGACUAUCCUCCCCAGCCAUCCACGUCGAAUCAACCUCAGUACACCGGGUUCAACCAGGGUUACCAGCAGGGCAACCAGGUAGAUUUCUUUGCCAACCCUGUCGACCAAAACGCUGUAAUGAACCAACCUGCCGGGUUUAUGAACAAUGCAUAUACUGGAUAUCAGCAAUCUCAACCAACCGGUUUCCAGCCAAAUUACAACCAAGCCUUUGGUAUGCAACCCACUGGUAUGGGCUUGUAUCCCUAUGGCCAACAGCAGAACAACAUGACUGGCUUCCAGCCGCAGGCGACUGGUUUCAACCCAUAUGCCCAGCAAAUGCCUCAGCUUUCUCAACAGCCUUUGGAGUCUGCGCCGCAACCAGGAAGCAACAAUCCGUGGGCCACCAACAAAUCCCAACAACAGCCAUCCCUGAUGCCAACCCCCACAGGCUCAAACAACCCUUUCGCCCAGAACAACCGCCCGCAAACCUCGACUCCUAUUUCCACUCUGGGAGCUUUACCAGAGCAAAAGACUUUGUCAACUUUCAACAACCGGCCAAUGAUGCAGCAACAGCAGCAGCCCCAGCAACAGCCCCAGCACUCCCUCAACCCUCCCCCGCACAAGGAAAUGAACGAUUACCAGAGCAAGCUGAACAAUCUUUUGGCAACGGGAGACGGUAUGGAUACUUAUGGCAACACUGGAGAGCUUCGCAUUCCCGCUCAGCACACGGCUCCAGGCAUGUUUGCCAACAGUGCAGGUUCCGGCGUUCAGCGACUUGGUGCCGAUGCUACGGGCAAUCCUUAUAUGCGUCAACAGUUCACUGGUAUGCCAAGCGUCACAUACGGCAGCCAGCCUACCAACGGCCAGGGCAGCAACAACCCCUUCGGUGCUCGGCCGCAGCAGCAACAGGGUCAGGGCCAAGACCUUAUUCAAUUCUAA